AUGGAGUCCGAGGAAAGUAAGAUAUCUGUGUGGGUUUGCCGAGAGGAGAAGCUUGUAUCCGGACUGUCAAAGCGUACCACCUGUGCUGAUGUGAUCAAUGUGCUCCUUGAGGAUCAAAACUUGCAACAAUGUGUCUCUGCAGCCAUGAUCUCCGGAUCACCCCAGUCCUAUUGCAUCGUAGAAAAAUGGAGAGGAUCUGAGAGAAUUUUGCCGAAUAAAACAAAGAUCCUUCGACUUUGGGGCGCGUGGGGAGAGGAGCAGGAGAACGUGCGGUUUGUGUUGGUUAAAAAUGAGGCUUCUUUGGCUAACCAUGGACCCCGGAGCGCAGAGGCGCGUGUGGUGCUCAGCAAGGAGAGCCCGUGCGUUUACAAGGGGACAGCAAGAGCCACCAUGGGCUUUUCACAUGAGAAACAACGUCGGAUUGUUAGGAAAGCUUUCAGAAAGUUGGAUAAAAUAAAUAAAAAGAGGGCGCAAACCGUGUCCAAUGAUGCGCCCACUGGGGAGAAAAUGGAAACUUUGGUUCACCUGGUCAUAUCCCAGGACCACACAAUCCGCCAACAAAUCCAGAGAAUUAAAGAACUGGACAGAGAGAUAGAAAGGUAUGAAGCUAAAGUUCAUUUUGACAGAAUGAAAAUGCAUGGGAUCAAUUACGUGCAGGACACAUACUUAGUGGAUGCGCAUCCUGACGGGCUCUCCAAGCAGGAGGGUGAGAAGCAAUGCUCGGCGGAGGCUGUUGCCCAGUUUGAGGAGUAUGCCCUACGGUGUGAGGAGGUGAUUAGACUUCAGGAUGAAUUGGCUGAGUACGAAGCGCUCAUGGACAGCAUUACUGUGGAGAUCCAAGAGGAACUGAACCAGAGGUGGAUGAAGCGAAGGCAAGAGGAGCUGUCAAGUAAAGAGGUGGAACCCAGCGCGGGAGAGACCGCUAUGUGGGUAUCAACAGCCCAUGCGACACACACAGACACUUUAGCCCUGGAGGCUGAUACAUCAUUAGAGAACGAUUUGCUUCUGGAGGAGGAUAGGAUCAAAACGCAGCUGGAUACUAGUUUAUACAUUGGACUGCGCUUGAACACGGAUUUGGAGGCUAUUAGGAGUGAUUUGAAUCUAACCCAGGAUAUUUGGGGGGCGAAAGAAAAGGAGAUACGGGAUUUGCUGGAGAAAGUGAACUCAUUGGAUAUAGAGGACGACGGGACACCAAGCGAGGACAAUGACUGCAACUCUGUGGUUACUGAGGCAGCAACGAUGCGUCCCUUGGAGACGAAAAGCGAGUGGGUGGAGCAAGCCAGGGGGCUUUCAAAGACAUGCAAUGCCAACGAUGACGACUCAGACACUGGCCUGAGCUCCAUGCACAGUCAGGACUCGGAUAACCCACCUGUGUGCGAGUCAUUGGUAUAAAUUUCCAGGAUGCUUCAAGUUCUAUUGACAAUUAUAUUACAUUAUUACUGUACUUCUAAAAACUCAGGGACAGAGUAUAUCCCCACAAUGAACAACACAAUAUAAUUUAUUCAAAAAUGUAUUGACUAAUAUGUAGCUUACCCCAAUACAUAGUCAAAAUACUUGGUCACUUAAAUAUAUGCACUUACAGUUAUUCACAUAUUUUGUUGCCUUUUCUCUAUAAAAAAACCUUUUACCUGUGCCAGGAUAUGACACACCUCAGUGUUAUUGGUCAGAUUAUUAUUGGAUAAGGGAUGGAAGCCUUUGUGUUUGCAAGACUAAACAGACUUCAAAUAGACCAUGCUAAUUGUAACACUGCACAAGUGCUAAUUCUAGUUGGAAGUGAGAUAGUGCUCUGCACUUGUCCAAUGUGAUUUUGUGGACACACAGACGAGUCUUAAAUAUGAAGGGUGUAUGACAUACUAAAAUAAAGAUAAUUUACAAAACUUGUAUGUGCAAUUCCUUCAUUGAAAUAUGCAGAAAAUGACUUUGCCUUGCCUAAUCAAUACUAAGUCUGCAAAUUGUAUGCAACGAGUGAAAAGUACAGGAUAAUGUUAAACAAUGUAUGUGUGAGUGUGUGUGGAUGCAUGCAUCACUAUGUGUGUGUGUUCAUGCGCUUGUGGGCAUGUGUGCUUGAGAGAGAUGGUAGGUAGGGUAAGGGGUGGCAUGGAGCAUUACGCAAUGGGAUGAAAACUCCAAGCAGAUGCUGGGCUCACACAGCAUAAACCAGGGAGGGCAUGAAGGAUUUAGGCUCAUAUCCAUGGGUGUCAGGGGAUUCCCAAUCAAUGUGACUGAGGCCAGGGGUUAAAACUUCCUCUGACAUUUACCACACACGGAGAAGCAGCAGAGAUGCCUUUGACAGAGAGACAUACAAUAUUCAUGGCAUUACAUUACAUUUCUCCACACAAUAGCGAGUGUGAGGCUUGCUGUCUGACCCAGGUGGGGUAUCACAUGAUGCUACUGUAUUUCACUGUUGACUGGACUUCAGUCAGGCUUCAGAUCCACUCCCUCUCAGCCAGGGUCUCAUAAGAGGAUCCCCCCCCCCUCCUCCUCCCUGCCCACCCCUACUGUACCCCUGCCAUAGUGCACUCUUAACACAUACCUGAACACUAGAUCAAACCAGCAUCAGCUGUAAUCAGAGGCAUGCUGUUGGCGUUAAUCUGGGUGUUGUCUGUUGAGCAGUGUGAGGAUUGUAGCUAUAAAGCCAGAGCUGCAGAUGCAUUCAGACCGUCACAAAUAACAUCAUCAAGGCUCAGGUUUGUUUGCAAAGCUAAUGUCAGAGCAUUACCUCUGGCUCUACUUCACAUUCACCACUGUAGCAACAUAUUUUAUUUAUGCAGAACAUUUAACAGAUAUUAACAUUUUAAUCAUUCAGAUAAUAUUGUUAUUACAUAUGUAUAAGCUACAGAAUUUCAUAACAAGAAACUGCUCCAAUGGCCCAAAUAGUACUUCUGUCUGUCUAUCACAGCCAGUGAACAUCUGGACUAAAGUAUUACCUCACCUCAGGUUGGGCAGGGCAAUCAUGGAUUAAAGCAACAUAUUGUACGUUUGGCCAAUAGCCUUUCCAGAUGACAUAAUUAUAAAAGAUUAUAAUAGGGCUGGAUUAUAAUGUGCGUCGAAGACCAGUCAUAAUGAAAACCUACAGUUCCGGUAGUAGGGUUACUUUACUCUAUAACCAUGCUAUUUCACAAAUGAUUUUAUAAUUCCAAUCACUCUCAAUUAUAUUAUAUCUAUUCAGAAAUUGAUAUUAGCAUGACACCAGCACAACACUGAAUGAACUAGUAUGUGAUCUGGAUGCAUUAGUGGAUGCACUCAGAGGUCACAACAGAUAGAGAAGGCUAAUCCCUUUUUUAAUGUCAGUCCAGAAACACUGGCUAGAGUUUAUGGGAACCUUUCGUACCCUCCUCAGUAAUAAAGUCAAGGAUCUGUGACGCACCAGUGAUGAGGAAUGCUGUAAAACUCCCUUCCUGGCUGUACAGGCUCAGGAACACAUAGUGCAGGUCUUCCACUGACAUACACUACAGGGGCUAGAUGAGAUUUGUCUCACACAAGAAUGGCCACCCAACUAGUAAGACAUUUUACUGACGUUGUAGCUUAUGACGUGGUCCUCUGUAGCUCAGCUGGUAGAGCACGGCGCUUGUAACGCCAAGGUAGUGGGUUCGAUCCCCGGGACCACCCAUACACAAAAAUGUAUGCACGCAUGACUGUAAGUCGCUUUGGAUAAAAGCGUCUGCUAAAUGGCAUAUUAUUAUUAUUAUUAUGUCACUAUUUUUAUGAGGCUCUCUUCACUCACACAUACACUCAUUCUCUUCACUCACACGCACACACACACACACACGUAUGCACAUACACACAUACACGCACACACGAGCACACACACCAAGUAUACAUGAUCAUUUUUAUAUGAAUUCUACAAGCUCUUCAAAGGAGUGUGGGAAAGUGAGUAACGCUGUGGUGACUGAGCUGUAGCUUUGGGGAGGAGGUGUAUUUAGAAGAGGAGGUUCUCAGGGGGCUCCUUCAUCUCUCAAACAGCAAACAGGACGCAAUUACUGCCAUGUCUUUGAUCCUUCAUGAAUCUCUUCCACUCCCCUGCACCGAGCACUGAGCCCCCACCCCCUUUAAUGAGGCCCUGCCCCACUGACUCCCUGCAACCCCUUCCCCUAUUCUGAACGAGGCAGGUAUCUAUCAAUGGGUGAUAAUGACAGGUACUCUGAAUCCACCCCUACCAUAAAUACUUCAUUACUGCAGUGUGAGGAGAGGACAGGGCUAUUAAUGUUGACCCAGGUGGUCCAGGUUUCAGACAGUCUGAACCAAAACCUUCACUUUACACAGGGACACGCACCACCAUGAUAGAACCUGACCAGAUAAAACGCUUGAUUCUCUCCCACUUUAUUACUGUGAUUUUGGGAUGAACUAGUGGGUAAGGCACCUAUUACAAUUUCUCCUGUCUGAAAACAUUAAUUUGUUAGUCAAGGAGCACUACAGGGGACUCUCAAACCAGAGAAAGUGCUUCCUUGUUUCUCUCUCUCUCUCUCUCUCUCUCUCUCUCUCUCUCUCUCUCUCUCUCUCUCUCUCUCUCUCUCUCUCUCUCUCUCACACACAGAGACAGACAGACAGACAGACAGACAGACAGACAGACAGAGCGAGAGAACUGUCACACUAUCAGAACUCCAAUAUUUGAAGGUUCAGUGACUCCAUAGUCGAUGAACCCAAAAUAGGGCGCAGGUGUCAAUCAAGUCAUGGUCAUGGGACACUGCAUUGCUCGGGGGGAUGUUUGUUUGUGUUUUAAACAAGAGGGAGAAAAAAAUGUCAGUGCCAAACUGACUUUCCAGACCAAUAAGCAAGGCUCCAAGCAUCCUGACACUCACUACAAUCAUCCAUUUCUCUGAUUUGGCUGCCUUACAGUAGGAUUUAUAUUUGGCAUUCAGAGCCAUUGAACAUUGUAUACAGGAACCAUGACAACAACAUACAAGCCAAGCACAGCAUGCAUGCAGCCACUAAAGCAUAAGCAUACACAGCAUACUGAGUGCACUAACUCAAAAGGAGAAACUACUUGAGGUGUUUACACAUUUGCUUUUGUUUCUAACAUCAUGAAGUAAGAGUCCACUGUUGGCUUAAAUAUUGACCAGAUUGACCAUGUUCUUAUGGACGCUCUGAUUUUCCACCACAUACAGUCGGCUACUUUGGUGGUUCUAGCAGUUUUCCUAUAAAGACGGAUUAUAGCUAAACUAAACUCCUUACUGUAUGGUUUCCUAGAUACCACACACACUGUAAACCAACCAGUGUUUAGUAUACACAUUGUACCUGCAUACAGUAGGUAUCCAGUGGCAGGUGUUGGAUUUGAGACAUAACAGCAGUAUACAUUACUGCCUCCAUCCUGGAAGCCUGGGAGGAUGUUCUCUGUUUUAUGUGUUUGAUUAUGAUUGGAUAAAUCAAAACCAGAGGACUAACAAUGGCUAUUCAAUAUUUUCAAUGUAUCGUAUAAAUGCACAGCGGUGCUAUUAGAAGGUUCCGUAAUUAUUUAGGGAUGUCUAAUGAGAACCUCACGGUUAUAAUGAAGACAAAGUCUGUUAUGGCACAAUGCACUUCUUAUUCAUUGUAUGAAGAGUGUCCAAGAGCAUUAAAAGUAUUCUUUCUAAGUUGGCUAAAUAAGUCACACACUAGCAUGUUGGUAUUUACAUUUACAUGUUAGUCAUUUAGCAGACACUCUUAUCCAGAGCGACUUACAGUUAGUGAGUGCAUACAUGUUCAUGUAAGUUUAGGUUGCAGAACAUAAGACCAGAGGGGUUUUAUGUUCAGAUCAUGCACAAUACUUCCAUUGAGUUUUAGUUAGAAAACUUUUAUCCAACAUCAAAGAUACUUGAUAACCAUAAAAUGGGAUCUGAUACUUUAACAGCAAUUAGCGUUGAGACAAGACACUACCCAUAAGGAACCUAUUCAUGUGUGUUAUUCACCCACAGGUACAUCACCCAUCCACCUCUCUAUUGUUAGCUGCUUUGAUAUCUCUCACCUUACACUUCUAGUACAGACCUGGCAUGGCCUGGUGAUACUGUACAAACUGCACAGAGAACCACAGAGAGAACAAAACGCUAUCUAUCUGUAAGAUCUAGACAGCCACUCUGACGUUCACAGUCUAAACAUAUGUAUUGGAAAGUACUAUGUUUCAUAAUUUGAUUCCUUUGUGUUUGCAUAUUUGGCAAAGGCGGAGUAGUGGACUUAUGGACAUGUAAGAGGGGGAUUAGUCUGAAGCCAAAACUCUAAAUGGAACAAUGACCCCUCUUCCCUUGUUAUACAACCGGUGUCUUUCACAGUUCUCUGCUCAUCUGCCAUUUCUCCUAACUUACUAUGCUGUUUGGCUUUUGCAUUUUGAAAGAACAAUGUUGACAUUUUAAUACCUUUGGCUCAGAAAACAAUGAAUCAGUUUCAGAGUGGUCCAACACUAACAAUCUACAGAAACCUGUACCCUCGCACAUUGACUCGGUACCGGUACCCCCUGUAUAUAGCCUCGUUAUUGUUAUUUUAUUGUGUUACUUUUUUAAAAUUGUAUUUAGUAAAUAUUUUCUUAACUCUAUUUCUUGAACUGCAUUGUUGGUUAAGGGCUUAUAAGAAAGUAUUUCACGGUAAGGUCUACACCUGUUGCAUUCGGCACGUGACAAUUUUAUUUUGUUUGAAUUCCACCCCAGAUCCUACAUAAUGGGUUGCAAGGUCAUGGCAUGACAUCCAUUCCAUCUGGCUUCCAUGUUAAUGAUCUUCUGACAUGGCUACAGUGGGUGCCUGUACAACAUCCCACCCACAGAAACAACAACCAGAGACCCUAUGGACCUGACCAGGCAUGGGAGGGGCCCCUCACUUAA